AGCGUAAGCUGGAUGAAGAUGAGAAACCUCUGAUGGUCCAACUGAGCUGGAAGUCAGACGGUAGAGAAGGACGCUUUKUGCUGAAGGAAGAUCCAGAGGAGAGAGAGAAAGGAGGCGUUCUUCAAACCUUUAAGAGAACUCUGUCACGGAAAGGAAAGAAAGAGAAGAACCCAGCAGGGGAGGAGAACGGGUUGAAUCUGCAAACCUCCCAACUACAACAAGACCUGAACACCACCGAGCUGAAGGCUCAGAAUCAAAGCAGCUCCUCUGAAACCAGCAGCUUUGGUUCGUCCGACUUUAGAUCUCAUAAAACUGAUCCACAGCAGAGCCAGACUCUGGAGGAGUUUUUAAACCAGCCUGGAUUACCUGUCAGAGUUCAUGUCAGGGAUAAUGCUGACGAGGCCUUCCUGUCAGCAGUCAUCAAUGACACCAACAGCUCCACGCUUCAUUUCAACCUGUCCCCUGCUUACAUCCUUUAUGCUGCGACCCGCUUUCUUCUGCAUCACCAUCACAGCCAAGGCUCUGCAUGUUCUGGAAACACACACCGUGUGAGCUCUAUCACCAACAAAAUGGUGGCCAUGGCCAGGAAUGUUAUCCAGAGACAGCAGACCGUCCCUGGGGCACUCACCUUCUGGAUGGCCAAUUUCUCUGAGCUGCUGAACUUCCUCAAACAUGACCAAGACCUCAGCCUGCUGACUCAGCACAGUCAGCUGGACCUGUCCCACCUGGUGCACAGAGCAUACAGCCUCCUGCUUCAGUGCCUACAGAAAGAGCUGGGAACCCAUUUACCAACGUUUCUGAUGGAUCCUGAGCAGCACGGUGCCCUGCCACCUGGUAUAGAGAUGGUGCUGAACACAUUGAUGAACGCCAUGUCUUUGUUUCGGCGCUGUCGGGUCAACCCAGCUCUGACCAUCCAGCUCUUCUCUCAGCUCUUCCAUUUCAUCAGCGUCUGGCUUUUUAACAAGCUCGUAGGCCCGGAGGCCCACACUCCGGGCCUACGCUCCCACUACUGGGGUUCUGCUGUGCGCCGGAGGCUGGCGCCCAUCGAAGCCUGGGCCGAGAGGCAGGGCCUGGAGCUGGCUGCUGACUGCCACCUGGGCCACAUCAUACAGGCAACCUCCCUCCUGACCAUGAACAAGUACUCAACGCAGGAUGCCAAGGACAUCCGGAGCGCCUGCUUCAGGUUGAACCCACUGCAGCUGCAGGUGUUGUUGGCUGGCUACCUGUAUGCCACCAACGAGCCUCACAUCCCCCCUGGUUUGAUUGAGGCUGUGGUGGGAGCAGCCGAAGCUUCGGCUGACGACCUGGUUCAGAGUGAAGGACGGGACAUGAAGCUGGAGGAGAGUCUGGACCUGCACCUACCGUUYCUGCUGCCGGAGGGAGGGUACUCCUGUGACACCAUCAGAGGCAUCCCACAGGGCUUUCAGGAAUUUCUGGAGCCAAUGUGUCAGAAAGGUCUCUGUUCUCUGAUGUGUCAGCCCAAAUCCACAGGUGACUGGACCGUGYACUUCAGUGAACUGGCUCAGACUAACGAGGACACCUACUUGCAGGAGAUUCAGAGAGAGCCAGARAUUGUGACCAUCACCUUACAUAAACCUCUGAACAGCGGAAUGGGAAUGAGCAUUGUAGCUGCAAAGGGAGCAGGUCAGGACACAGUUGGGAUCUAUAUUAAAUCUGUUGUCAGGGGAGGACCAGCUGACAUGAGUGGGAGGUUAACAGCAGGAGAUCAGUUGAUCAGUGUGGACGGUCAAAGUCUGCUUGGACUCAGCCAAGAAAGGGCAGCAGCCAUCAUGGUGCAGACUGGUCCUGUUGUGACCUUACAGGUGGCAAAGUUUGGAGCGAGCUAUCAUGGUGUCAGGGAGCUGUUGAACGGACCACCCACCACCGAGAGUCUCCUCAGAGGCAGCAGACACAGAGAGCAGAUGAAGCAAAGAAACAAGCCACUUUACCGCUCCACCCCCAACAUGACGGCAGGAGUUGGUCUGCAGGACGCAGAGGAAUCAGAUGACCCUGAUGUGAGAGGAAACAUCUUUACGUCUGUUUCCAGUUUCAACCUUUGCUCUGGUCGUCAGGCUGUCUCACAAGAGAACCUGUGUAUGGACAGUGAAGGACCCCUGCUGGACAAAAGACAGAACACACGGGGACAGAGGGACCACCUUUCAUCUUUCCCUAUCCGCUCCAGUGUUUCUGCGCACAACCUCCUGUCCAAUCACAGCUCUCCCUUUAAACAGCAGCAGAGCAGCCAGAAAAGUGCUGCUGGUGUCUGGAAAACCCCCUUUUCACAGCAGUCCAUCCCGACCCCCUCGAUCCACCCGAUCCGCAUCGACAUCCCUGUAACCAGAGCGGUCAGUGCACCGACCAAUCCUCCGCUCACUACCUUCCAACAGAGCUCCUCUUUGAUGCAGAUGAAGACUGAAGCACUUAAAGCCAAGCACAGCCCUCGAGUUGGUCAGGACCUGGUUCUGUGGCAGCAAAGAUCAACCACACCUGGAGCCAGAGCARAGAAGCCCAAGGUCAGCAUCACUCCAACAAAACAUGUUUCCUUCCAAGAACCGCCCCCUGAACAGAAGACCACAGGUCCAGUAACGCAGAGAGACCACCAGGGACUGUGUGAUCCCUGGAGGAGGGAGGCCCAGGAGAAGCUGCAGGAGCAGGGGAGGCUUCAGGCCGUGCAGCUCCUACACAAGGAGGUGCAGCUGCUUCAGGCCAAGGCCAAGCGCACCGCGGAGGAGAACGAGCGACUCAGGAGGCUCGGCCUGGAGUGGCAGUUUCAGCUGAGGCUGCAGGAAGUUCAGAAGAGAGGAGAGGAAGACGAGGACGACGAGGAUUUGGACAUGAUGGUGAUCCUGCAGCAGCUCGGAAACAAAACUGAGAAGAACAGAUGUUUUGGUGGAAAUAACUGGGAACAGAAAGAACAGACAGGAAGUCAUCUGUCCCACACAGAAGACAAAGAACAAAGAGCAGAUGGAGUGAAACACAAUGACAAGAAAGAGAACCAGGAGGACAGACUCAAGAGAACGUCAGCUCCUGAACAGCUUCCAUUCAGAGAGCGUCAGCGCCUCUUCACCCUGGCAUCAAGUGCCUGAAGAACAUCUGAACACAAGUUUACAAAGAAAAUCAAAGAGUUUGGCAGUGAAAUUACAAAAGACAGUACCGUGAACAAGGCAUGAAUACAUGUAUAUUUCUAUGGCCUUAUUCACACAGUGUUUCUGGACACGUCUUCAUCCACACAGAGAAGCAGACCUGUAUGUACCACUACUGAAGCAGGAAACAAGGUGUGAAGCAACAUUUGUAAGGAACAUGCAUUUGUGAGAUGAGGAGUAGAGCUGUGGGUUGCACACAUGAAACAUUUGCCAAAUCUUUUCUGCCAAACAGCUUAAUUUGCUGUUAUUAUUAACACUUGUUUGGAGCUUAUGGACCCCCCAGGUACUGCCAACAGAUAUUCAGCAUUAUUAAGCCUUUUCAAUGAAAAAGUGAAUCAAAUUUCUACAAGGUAAUGCCAAUUGAUUACACAUAUGUAAUGUUAAAUAAACAAUGGAAUGAA